AUGGUACAUGGGCACAUUUUCCUUUACGUUGCAAGUCUUCUCAUGCUUGGGUUGUCUGGGGCAACAAAGAAAGACUCAGUGAAAAACAACUCAGGGGUGCAGCCAGCGGGCCAGUGUGGCACCUGGGUGAAGGAAGCGGAGGGGGGCCUCUUCACCUCUCCCAAUUACCCCAACAAGUACCCCCCAGAGACGGAGUGCAUCUACAUCAUCGAAGCACCCCCAAGACAAUGUAUUGAUCUCUUCUUUGAUGAAAAGUACUCAAUAGAGCCGUCGUGGGAAUGUAAAUUUGACCAUAUCGAAGUACGGGAUGGGCCAUUUGGCUUCUCGCCAAUAAUUGGACGCUACUGCGGCCAGCAGAGUCCCCUGUACAUCAGGUCCAGCGGCCGCUAUCUGUGGAUAAAAUUUGUGGCCGACGGUGAACUGGAAGCCAUGGGGUUCUCGGCGAGCUACAACUUCACAGCAGACCCGGACUUUAAAGACCUGGGAGUCUCCAAGCCUCUCCCCACGUGUGAGUUUGAGAUGGCGGGCCCCGAAGGGAUCAUCGGAACGCAGCAGAUCACCAAGGAGGGCAAGGCCUUGGCCACGGAGGCUGUGGACUGCAAGUGGUACAUUCGCGCCCCGACCCGCUCCAAGAUCUACUUGCGCUUCUUGGACUACGAGAUGCAGAACUCCAACGAGUGCAAGCGGAACUUCGUGGCGGUGUACGACGGCAGCAGCUCGGUGGAGGACCUGAAGAGCAAGUUCUGCAGCACGGUGGCCAACGACGUCAUGCUGGUGUCGCCGCUGGCCGUGGUCCGCAUGUGGGCCGACGAGGGUAGCCGCAAGAGCCGCUUCCGCAUCCUCUUCACCACCUUCUCAGAACCUCCGUGUGACGCAGACACCUUCUUCUGUCACAGCAACAUGUGCAUCAACAACUCGCUGGUGUGCAACGGCAUCCAGAACUGUGUCUACCCCUGGGAUGAGAACCACUGCAAAGAGAAGAGGAAAGCCAACAUCCUGGACAACCUGAACAACACCAACGGCACCAUCAUCGGCGUGACGUGCUGCGUGGUGCUGAUCCUGCUGGUGGUGUCGGUGGUGGUGCAGAUCAAGCAGCCGCGCAAGAAGUACAUCCUGCGCCGCGAGGACUUCGACCCCACCAUGUUCCAGGAGGUCUUCGAGCCGCCGCACUACGAGCUGUGCACGCUGCGCAGCGCCGCCGCCGCCGCCGCCACCUCCGCCGACCUCGUGGACCUGACGGACGACUUUGAGAACUACCACAAGCUCCGCCGCUCGUCCUCGCGCUGCAUCCACGACCACCAUUGCGGCGACUCACAGCUGUCCAGCGCCAAGGGCAGCCGCAGCAACCUGUCGGCGCGCGAGGCCUCGGCCGCCGCCGCCACGUGCACCAUCUUGGGCGAACUGCCGCCGCAGCCUCUGGUGCGGCCGCUGCUGCCGCCCUCCACGGGCAACCGGCGCAGCAUCCUGGUGAUGAAGCACAGCUACUCGCAGGAGGCCGCCGCCGAGCCCUGCGACCUGGACGACGAGCUGGAGGAGGUGCCCACCACCAGCCACCGGCUCUCGCGCCACGACAAGUCGGUGCAGCGCCUUCUUGAGAAUAGUGCAAUCCUGGAUCAGUACGAACGGGCCGCGGUCAGCUAUGAGCGUAUGGAAUGGAGAUAUACGCCAUCCUGA